AGAGACACCUUAAAGAUCAUCAAGGAAAACUGCACCCCAAGCUUAAGGAUCUUCCUUAGGGCGUACAAAGUGCGAGACAGGGACACGUUAAUGCUAUUAGCUCAGGGAUACGAGGAAAAGGGUCCAAGGAUAGCUGCAAGGAUGCCCAAAGGACACGAGGAAAAGAGCCCGAGGAGAAUUCCAAGGAUGCUCAGGGAUACGAAGGGAAGAGCCCAAGGAUAGCAACAAGAGAGAGAAGGAGCCCGAGGAGAACUCCAAGGAAACUCAAAAGAUACUGAGGAAAGAGCCCAAGGAAAACUCCAAGGAUCGCAAAGGAUAAAGGGUACUAAAGCAGAAGCACAAGGAUGACUCCAAGGAUGCUCGAAGGAUAAUGAGGAAAGACUCCGAGGAUCACUCCUAGGAUUCUUAAAGGCUACUAUGGGAAAACUCGAAGGAUUCUUUACAAGGCACUACAAUACAACCAUACAUAUAUAGUACAAGGAACAGGUCAAGGAUAACGAACGCAGAAAAACACGAACCAAGGUAUCCAAGGAUUUGUUUGGGACUAGCUGGAAACACGCAGCAGCAGUCUGCCGAAGGAAGGGGGAAGUCGGCACAGCUAAGAGAUCUGUACCGAAAGAGGCCAAGCAUCCUGGGGAAGGGCAUAAUGCCGAGACGAGGAGACGGGAUCGCCGGCCGGAUCGGGGUCCAAACUAGGAAACACAGCUUCAGGAGUCUGAAAGGGCAUUAAUGAUCAACAAAGGCAACCUGCCAAGAUAAAAUAAGCUGAUGAGCACAUACGAGCAGUAGGGUGGGAGAUCAGAGUACUUACGAAGUGGCAAGGACAAGUGGAAACGCCGGGCUGUGGGGGUAAAAAAAAAACUAAACUCCGGCCGACACGUGCACGGGCAUAAACAAUUUGCAAAAUCACCAUAUAACAGGGAAGGGUGCGCCUCAAUAGGCGGUCGAUUGGCACUGGAUGAUAGUGCGAUCGAUUGGCACAAGAAAAGAAAAUGGAAAUAUCGGUGAUGAUAAACAUCGCGGCGAGCAAGUGGGAACGCCGCACCUGCGAUAUCGAUAUCGUGAGCAGGCCCCCUGGGUAUCGAUAGCCGAUUAGUAUCGGUGCCCAGUGGAGAUUUAAAGGUGCUAUGCGGAGGACGACCAGCGCUGUGGAAACGAAACAGGGUAAAAGCUUCGAGGGAACGUCGAGGGAGCAACGAGGUUUUUUCUUAAAUCUUUCCUGAAGGGGUGAAUGUGAGGAGUUGAAUAACACUACACAAAUCCCAGCAGCAGAUGGCCGGCUGCUCACCAGGUACGCGGCGAAGAGCGUUUGGAGAACGUGAGAGUUUGGAGAUCAAGAACGGAGAACGUGGGGGUUUGGAGAUCAAGGACGAAGAACGUGAGAGUUUUGAGAUCAAGGACGGAGAACGUGAGAGUUUGGAGAGUAAGAGAUUUUGGAGAGCAAGUGAGUUUGGAGAGGGUUUGGAGAGCAACAGAGUUUGGAGACCAAGGAUGGAGAAAGAGAGAGAGGAUACUUGGCGAGAAGAGCGAGGGUGCCGUGUGCAAAAGGAAGUAACGGGACGCCGCCGGAUUUUGGACGCGGCCGUGAACAUCAGGCUGGACAUCGGCGGGAAAAAGCGCAUGAAGGACAAAAGGGUCAAACUGGAGCUAUGGACUUUGGACUCGGUGUGGAGAGUUUCGGCGGGCCGUCCGCAAAAGGGGAAUAACGGUUCCCGGAGGCCCUAUAUAAGCCCGCAGUACGCUGGCAGGGGGAUCAGUCAGUCGAUUACGGUCAGUCGAUUACGGUCAGUCGAGGAGUUAAGACAAGCAGUCGAUCAAAUACCGAGUAAACAUAAACCCAACCAAGUAAACUACGAGGGAGCCACCACAAGACGAGUCGUCGAAAGCAGCACCGUGGGAGCCUACAAGGAGCAAGAUUGACACGUCGAGACGUUCGGGAUCAGGAGUCAGACUGAAACACAGGUGGCGGGGGUAAGCCUGUCAAACCCCAUUGUACCUCGCUCCAAGCACUACAUAGGCGUGUCCCGGCGGGAGCCCCGUGCGCCAAGUGGAGUUGAGCAAGUCCUGGCGCGACGAGCCCGAAGGGAGAGAAGUCCCGGGUAUGCCUACGAACCCAACACAGAAGUCCACCAGCCAGCUGGCACGGAGAAUCGAGCCCGCAGGAACGGCACAGACAGUACGCGAAAGGGUGAGGCUAGGGUGGAACGUUCGUUUAUACCAGGCGUAGAAGCGAAGUGAAAAGCGAGGCUGCUUCCUUUCAGAUCCUGGAAAACUCGUCAGUCUGUUCACUCUAGUCUAAGAACGGUGACGCUACCCUUAGCCCGCACGGCUGACCCCAUAACGAGUCUGAAUCGUGGCCGAGCAGUCACCGAGCCAAACGCGUCAGGAACAAGCAGCGGCGGAGACAGCGAGACAAGCAAAUUAUAAAGCCGACCGCAGUUAUACCCGCAAUAAACCCACUACGAACCCGUGAAUUCUGUGCUUUCCCAAUUAACUACUGGGCGGUUACGUUUAUACAAAUUUGGUGGGACGAACACACACAAUCUACUGAGCGAGCCGCACGAAUCUCGUAGCGAACAGAAAGCAAACAAAUCAGUUCGUUACAUCUGGUGCAGUGAAAGCAAAAUAAACAUAAUGGGAAAAAAGUGGAUUUACCGCCUUAAGAAGGAGGUCUUCGCCCAGGUCGCACAAAGACUUAAUGACGCCCUGGACGGCAGAUUAGAGGACAUGAGGAAGACAU